AUGGCAAUAGACUACGCCAUGGGUAUACUCACGCUCAAAUACGAUUCUCUCCUCCGUUCUGCGUCCAGCCCUUGUCAGGUGGUUGCGACAGAUUUCAAUCGGAAGACUGAAUCUGUCGACUUGGGGAAUGUCAUGGUCCCUGGAGAUAUCCUACAAUUUGAGGGAAUGGAUCUCGAGCGAAUACCUCACACUAGCUCCACAACGUUGACCUGGCAGUCCAUCAUCACCCGCCAAGAACACAUCAAAUUUAUUGGUGUAUACUGGAUUCAUUAUGUGCCGGCAUCUCUCGACGGUCGUCACACUGGCUACCAUGUAGGAGUGCCCGAUCUGUGGUGCAUCAUUAGGUUCUACCCAUGGUCGUCGAUCAUUAAGCUCCCCUUUGAACUCGUGAUUCUUCUUGUCAAUUGGGGUUGGGGUGGUGUCACUGGUGCUCACUUUGCUGACGUGGAAGCGAUGGCUUGGAUACCCAGUCAGGGUGCCGCUUUGCAGCAUUGUGCGACUUUGGUGUGGGUUUUUAUGGAGGGAAGUUCUACGCAAGAAGAUGGAUGGGAGCUUCAUUUCGUCCGAAUUUCGAGAGUCCGAACCGCUGCCAAUUGCAAUCCGCCUGUAUACAGUUAUUUAACUUCGCACGGCCUCUUCGAUGCUUCACUUCGACUGCCAGCAUUACUCGAGUUGUUCUCCGCACUGCAUUCUACCACACAGCUCGGAUGGCGAAGCGAGCCCCCGCAGAAUGCGGAUACUUAA